AUGGCUGUUGUCGCAACUAUUAAAUGCGUCGUCGUCGGUGACGGUGCUGUUGGAAAGACCUGUCUUCUCAUCAGCUACACAACAAACAAGUUUCCCUCCGAAUAUGUCCCUACAGUCUUCGACAACUACGCAGUUACGGUUAUGAUAGGAGAUGAGCCGUACACUCUCGGGUUGUUCGAUACCGCCGGCCAAGAAGAUUAUGACAGACUGCGACCUCUUUCAUAUCCUCAGACCGAUGUCUUCCUCGUCUGUUUUUCCGUCACCUCGCCUGCUUCCUUCGAAAACGUCCGCGAGAAGUGGUUCCCCGAGGUCCGCCACCACUGCCCUGGCGUUCCGUGUUUGAUUGUUGGUACCCAGGUGGAUUUGAGGGACGACCCUAGUGUUCGAGAGAAGCUGUCAAAGCAAAAGAUGCAACCAGUACGACGAGAGGAUGGCGAACGAAUGGCGAAGGACCUAGGUGCUGUCAAGUACGUUGAGUGCAGUGCUCUCACCCAGUAUAAGCUUAAGGAUGUAUUUGACGAGGCUAUCGUUGCAGCACUUGAGCCCCCUGCUCCUAAAAAGAAGUCACACAAGUGCCUCGUCCUAUAA